AUGGGACAAACAAUUACCACCCCUUUGUCCCUCAGUCUCGAACACUGGAAAGAAAUACAGGAAUAUGCACAUAACCAAUCCGCUGAAGUGCACAAAAAGAAAUGGGUAACUUUCUGUGCCUCCGAAUGGCCCACCUUCAACGUCGGGUGGCCGCGGGAUGGCACAUUUAGCCUAGACAUCAUUAGGCAGGUAAAAGAAAAAGUCAUGGACUCAGGGCCACAUGGACAUCCUGACCAGGUGGACUACAUCAUCACCUGGGAAGCUCUGGUUCAGAAACUGCCUGCAUGGGUCAAGCCAUUUCUCUCUGGAGUGGUCUCUCUCUCCCCCAAGUCUGCCAAACCAUCCGCACCCUCUCUCCCUCCUCCCCUGACCCCACUCCCAGCCCCUACCCACUCCCGAUCCACCCUAUACCCAGCUCUUGUGCAAGCCUCUCUCAAGGCGCCCCCCCUCCCCAAACCUAAGGUCCUGCCUGCAGGGGAAGAGACUCUACUUAUGGAUCUCCUGUCCAAGCUGCCUCCAUAUCAAGAGGCACCCCAAGAGGUGGCUAAUGAGGCAGAAGCCAUGCCUGCCGAACGCCCCGCUGCGACUGAUGAGGCGGCCCCCUCACCUAUGGCAAGCCGCCUCAGGGGGCGAGAACAGGCCCCUGCGGACUCCACCGCCCUGCCCCUGCGUACCGGCCCGGACGGCCAGCUGCAGUAUUGGCCGUUCUCCGCCUCCGAUCUCUAUAAUUGGAAAAACAAUAAUCCUCCUUUUUCUAAAGAUCCCUUGCAAUUGAUCUCCCUUUUAGAAUCAGUCCUAGUGACUCAUCAACCCACCUGGGACGAUUGCCAACAGCUUUUACAGGUGCUCCUGACCACUGAGGAGAAGCAGCGGGUCCUCCUCGAAGCGCGGAAGAAUGUGAGGGGAGCGGACGGACAGCCUACCCAGCUCCCUAAUGAGAUCGAUGUGGCCUUUCCCUUAACCAGGCCGGAAUGGGACUUUGCUACUGAGGCAGGUAGGACCCAUCUGCGUCUCUAUCGCCAGUUGCUCAUAGCGGGUCUCCGAGGGGCAGCUCGGCGCCCCACCAAUUUGGCUCAGGUAAAACAGGUUUUGCAGCGAGCAGAGGAAACGCCCGCCGCGUUCCUCGAGAGAUUGAAGGAGGCAUACCGCAUGUAUACGCCUUACGAUCCGGAGGACCCAGGACAAGCCACUGGUCUUGCCAUGGCGUUUAUCUGGCAGUCUGCCCCAGAUAUCCGUAAUAAGUUACAGAGGCUGGACAAUUUACAGGGGUAUACGGUCCCUGAUUUGCUAAAGGAGGCAGAGAAGGUAUUCAAUAAUAGAGAGAGCCAGGAAGAGAGAGAAGAACGUUGGAGAAGAGAAAACAUUGAGAGGGAGGAAAGGCAGCGAAAGGAGAUGGAAGAGAGAGAAAAUGCCAGGGAUAAAAGGAGACAGAGGGAGCUUUCACGGUUGAUGGCCACUGUAGUGUCAGGACAGAGAAAGUGGCAGGAUAGACAGGGAGGAGAUCGAAGAGGACCCAGGGUAGAUAAAGAUCAGUGUGCCUACUGCAAAGAACGGGGACAUUGGGCACGGGAGUGCCCAAAGAAGCAAAAUCGGAACAGAAAUACAAGACCCCAGGCCUCAACUUCUCUCCUAAAUCUAGAAGACUAGGGGAGUCGAGGCCAGGAGCCCCCCCCGAGCCGCGGCUAACCCUACACGUAGGGGGGGCACCCCGUCACCUUCCUGGUAGAUACAGGGGCACAGCACUCCGUUUUGACCAGGUCCCCUGGCACGUUGAGCGGCCGCACGGCCUGGGUCCAGGGAGCCACAGGAGGGAAGACCUACCGCUGGACCACCGACCGGCAAGUGCAACUAGCGACUGGCAAGGUAACCCACUCCUUCCUCCAUGUCCCAGACUGUCCAUACCCGUUGCUGGGUAGGGACUUAUUAACUAAAUUAAAGGCUCAGAUACAUUUUGAAAAGACUGGGUUAGCAUCACUGACCUGUCGGGAAAGCCCUUUGCAUGUGCUCACCUUGUCCAUAGAAGAUGAAUAUAGACUACAUGAACGAAGCAAAAAGGCCCCAACCGAUAUGGAGGAAUGGCUACUCAAGUACCCCCAAGCAUGGGCAGAGACCGGGGGCAUGGGUCUCGCCGAUAGCCAGCCACCCAUAAUUGUGUCCCUGAAAGCGAAUGCCAUCCCAAUCGCCGUGAAGCAGUACCCAAUGUCCAAGGAAGCCAGAGAAGGCAUAGCUCCUCACAUCAAUAGACUGUUGGAUAAAGGGAUCCUCAUACCCUGUAAGUCCCCCUGGAACACCCCUCUAUUACCCGUCAAAAAACCAGGAACGGGGGACUACAGACCAGUCCAGGACCUCCGAGAGGUUAAUAAACGGGUUGAAGAUCUACACCCCACAGUACCCAACCCCUACAACCUCCUUAGUGGGCUAUCGCCUACCCACGUCUGGUAUAUGGUCCUGGACCUCAAAGAUGCCUUCUUUUGCUUGAGGCUCCACCCCAACAGCCAGUUGUUAUUUGCCUUUGAAUGGAGAGACCCAGCUCGGGGAAUCUCCGGUCAGCUGACCUGGACAAGGCUACCCCAAGGGUUUAAGAACAGCCCCACUCUCUUUGACGAGGCACUGCACCGGGAUCUAGCCGUUUUUCGGGUCCAGCACCCCUCUCUGAUUCUACUCCAGUACGUAGAUGAUUUGCUGCUGGCGGCUACGUCAGAGGAAGACUCGCCGGGGCCCGAGACCCUACUCCAGGUCUUGGGGAGUCUGGGGUACCGGGAGUCGGCCAAAACCCAGCUCUGUUUAAAACAAGUGACCUAUCUGGGCUACAAAAUAAGGGAGGGGCAGAGGUGGCUAACUGAGGCCAGAAAGCGAACCAUUCUGAACAUUCCCGCCCCAAGAACUCCCCGACAAUUACGGGAAUUCUUGGGGACCGCAGGGUUCUGCCGCCUCUGGAUCCCAGGUUUCGCUGAGUUGGCCGCCCCCCUCUAUCCCCUCACGCGGACCGGUAUCCCCUAUAACUGGGGAACGGACCAGCAGCAGGCCUUUGAGAAUAUCAAACAGGCCCUCCUACGCUCCCCGGCCCUGGGACUGCCCGACUUGCUGAAGCCCUUCGAGUUAUACAUUGACGAAAGACAGGGCUACGUGAAGGGGGUGUUAACCCAGAAGCUGGGACCAUGGAGGAGGCCGGUGGCCUAUUUAUCCAAGAAACUGGACUCAGUGGCCGCAGGAUGGCCACCCUGCCUCCGGAUGGUAGCAGCGAUAGCAAUUCUGGUUAAAGAUUCUGGCAAACUGACUAUGGGUCAACCCCUCACCAUUCUGGCCCCGCAUGCUGUCGAAGCAAUCAUCCGGCAACCCCCGGACAGAUGGCUCACCAAUGCGAGAAUGACUCAUUACCAAACCUUACUAUUAGAUACCGACCGAAUCCGGUAUGGGGCCCCGGUGGCCUUAAAUCCGGCCACCCUCCUACCUCUCCCUGGCACCCCCGAACACCAUGAAUGUCAGCAGAUUCUGGCCGAGGUACAUGGCACUCGCCCAGACCUCUCAGACUUGCCCCUCCCCAACCCUGAACACGUCUGGUACACGGACGGGAGCAGCUUCGUGGAGCACGGAGAGCGGCGGGCCGGAGCGGCGGUGACCACGGAAGAUCAGGUAAUAUGGUCCCAAGCCCUACCUGCAGGAACCUCCGCUCAGAGAGCGGAGCUCGUAGCUCUGACCCAGGCCCUAAGACUGGCGGAGGGAAGGAGAUUGACGGUGUAUACCGACAGCAGAUAUGCCUUCGCCACGGCCCACAUCCAUGGCGAAAUAUACAGAAGGAGAGGUUUGCUUACCUCGGAGGGAAAAGAGAUUAGAAAUAAAAAAGAAAUACUAGCCUUGCUACAGGCCAUCCAUCUGCCGCGAGCUCUCAGUAUCAUCCAUUGCCCGGGGCACCAGAAAGGGGACACUCCAGUUGCAAGAGGCAACAGGAUGGCCGACUGGGCGGCGAGGGCGGCGAGGGCGGCGAGGGCAGCCGCCACCGAGGGAAAACGGGUCGAAGCCCUAUCGGUUGACUCUAGACCACUCUAUGAUGACUCCCGAUGGGAAUACACGGAACAAGAUGUCAAGGCUCUGCGCUCCCUGGGAGCACGGGAAGAUCUAAAAACAGAAAAAUGGAUGUACCAAGGAAAGGUAGUGUUGCCCUACGAAAUGGGCCGCCAUUUGAUCUCCUGGCUGCAUCGCCUCACGCAUCUCAGCUACCAGAAGAUGAAAAAGCUUCUAGAACGGGAGGAAGAGGUUUACUUCUUUCUACAGAAGAACGAUCUUCUCAAAGAAAUCACUGAACGUUGUGACGCCUGCGCCAGGGUGAAUGCUUCUAAGAUCAAGCUGCCUCCGGGUAUAAGAACCAGAGGUCACAGGCCAGGCACUCACUGGGAAGUAGACUUUACUGAAAUAAAACCGGGCAAGUAUGGAUAUAAAUAUCUACUGGUUUUUGUAGAUACCUUUUCAGGAUGGCCGGAGGCAUUCCCGACAAGACACGAGACUGCCGCUGUGGUGGCCAAGAAGCUAUUGGAAGAAAUCUUCCCCCAAUACGGGAUGCCCCAGGUAGUAGGGUCAGAUAAUGGUCCCGCCUUCAUCUCCCAGGUAAGCAGAACAGUGGCCACCUUGUUGGGGAUUGAUUGGAAACUACAUUGUGCAUACCGACCCCAGAGCUCAGGACAGGUAGAGAGAAUGAACAGAACGAUUAAGGAGACCUUAACCAAAUUAACGCUUGCAACUGGCACUAGAGACUGGGUCCUCCUGCUACCACUUGCCCUGUAUCGGGCUAGGAACACGCCCGGACCACAUGGGUUGACCCCAUUUGAGAUCCUGUGGGGCCCGGUGCCCAUUGUUAAUUUCUUAGGCCCCGAUGUUUCUGACUAUGCUAAUACCCCUUCUCUACAAGCCCAUCUACAGGCCCUCCAGCUGGUCCACAAGGAGGUGUGGGAACCUCUAGCCCAGGCGUACCGGGACCAAAGAGACAAUCCGGUCGUGCCCCAUCCGUAUCAGAUCGGAGACGCUGUCUGGGUCAGACGCCAUCAGACCAAAAACCUCGAACCUCGCUGGAAGGGACCAUAUUUGGUUCUGUUGACCACCCCCACCUCGGUAAAGGUUGACGGGAUUGCCGCUUGGAUCCACUCGAGCCACGUCAAGCCGGUCCGAUCAAACGACCCUCAGCCACAAGGAACAUGGACAGCCCAUCGCACCCAGAACCCUCUAAAGAUAAGACUCUCCCAAGUUGUUUAAUUAUUUUACUGUGCUUUGUGCGAGUAGAGGGAAGCCCUCACACCCCACAGCUCUUAACUUGGCAGGUGUUCUCCCAGACGGGGGAGAUGGUCUGGUCUCUCUCAGGCUACUACGCGCCGGGUACCUGGUGGCCUGCUCUCACUCCCGACUUCUGCCACCUGGCCGCCGGGCUGGAGAUCUGGGACAUCUCCACAGUCGGGGCCCAUGAGAUGACUCAAAAUAUACAGUCUCCCCUGCCACCCCUAGGAAAGACCUGGCCACAGGGGUGCUGCAAUCCUAGAGCUAGAUGUCUCCUGGCACAAAUGGACUUCUACGUCUGCCCUCGACAAAGACAGUCUCGAGCCUUAAGAUGUGGGGGAUACGAGAGUUAUUUCUGUGCCAAUUGGGGUUGUGAGACCACGGGGGAUGCCUACUGGAAACCCAGGUCAUCCUGGGACCUGAUUGAGGUACACCGUAAUUAUUCACGGCCCCCUCUGGGCCGCUUUGAUUGUGAUUAUGGCUCCAGUAGAUGGGGCUCUUGGUCCUGCAACUCAGCCACCUGUCUCCCCCUCAACAUUACCU